AUGUCAGUAACAACUAGCUUCCAUACAUCUCAAUCUCAAUUUGACCAACUUUCUAUUCCCAACACUUCCAGUACCACUAGUACAAGUAGUCCUAAUAGUAGUACUACUCCAUCAACAACAGCUAUAAAUACACCCACUACAAAAGAUAAACGAAAAAACCAUGAUAUCGAAGACAUUGAUCAAUACAGCGAUAAUGAACACCAUAGGAAACUCAAGAACCUCGAUAUAAACAAUCCAGAAUGGCCUACUUUCCACCACCCAGACGGCUCCAUCAUAAAACUCACACCUUGGGGAUCCAUCAAGGAGUCAGGCAACUCCAAAGUAUUCCAGGAUGUAAGCUUUGACCAGCUCUCCUUUGUCUCGGAAGACCACAUUGAACAAAUAUAUACCAUCAAGCCCAAAAUUAAAUUCUCAGACCAACAACAACUACAACGAGAACAAUUGAGAGAAAGCGACAGACUACUGAUGCUGCUGCUGGUGGAACUUUUAUCCCACCAGUCUAGCUUCAACUCGGGAAUAGGAACUGGAACAGGUGUAGGUGCAGGUGCAAGCUUUUCAUUGAGUCCCACUGCUGAGGUGGAAGACUAUGUCAUGGACGGAUACCUGCAAAUGCAAGGCCAGAGAAGUAGAAGUGAACUCGCUCAACAACACCAGCACCAACAACACCACCAACACCAGCACCAGCAAUAUUGCCAAGAGCAGGAAAAUUACUUUGGUAUGGGUGAUGAACAUAUGGAUGAGUAUGUAUAA